CUAACAAACGACGUCCUUGUUUCGCUCUUACAUAUGUUUUACGAAUUCGAAGGAUGUCGUGCGAUAUCCCUCGAUUUCGCUCGACAUGACCCAACUAACUUUUUCUUCAGUCUCCUUAUAUAGAGCAACACCAUCUUGUCAAAUUUACUAAGAGCUACCUAGCUGCCUUCUGCUCCAAAGGUUCUUAUUGAUUCAACUGUUUUGACUGUUCGUUAGUUAUUGAGCCGGUUGGCUCAUGAGCUUCAAUUGCUUUUCUUUUUCUCCAGAAAGCCAGCGAUGGAUUACUAUAGUCCGUGGCAAAAUUUCCUUGAACAUGAAGCAUCUCUACCUCUACCUGCACCUGAAUUUGAGGCUUAUGAGGAAUUUGAAACCGAUCAGAAGGGAAGGGGAAAUCAGCAAGCCUUUAGCUACUACUUGGCAGCAGGCCCAGGUAGUCCUCACCAGUCUUCAAAUAUAACGGAUACUGAUAAGAAAGGACAGGAUCUGGAAGCAACUAAAGAUCAAGUUGCAAAGAAAAGAAAGAUUGACAGGGCAUAUCGUGAACGAUGCAAGGUUCAUUAAGGCAAAAGAACUGAGAAACUUUCACUUGUAGAGAAACAAAAUGGAGACCGAGAGAAACUUGGAACUGCUAAGGAAAGAAAACGAUCGAUUAAAAGUAGAGAAUGCCUCCUUUAAAACUGAAGCAGUUCGGACUAGACAAACUUUGCAAUCUCGAGAACAAGAGAUGAAGCGACUUAGCAAAACAAUUGUUCUGCUGAAGGAGAAGCAUGAUAAACAAAAUACUGUUGUGGAGGUCCUUUCAAAGCGACUAGUAAGUGUUUUCCUAUUGAAAAAUUAAUAAUUUGUUUUUUGAUUAUUAGUUCUUUUUCUGUAAUAAAACUGAAUAUGAAGAGUGGCAGACCUCAUUCACUAAUGGGAUUAUUGUACUUUUCAUAACAUAUAUUUGAAGAGGAACCUUGCCGCUUUUAAAUCUAUUGAUGGUUAAUUAC